AUGAUGCUAAAGCAUUUCUCGGAGAGAGAAGCUGCUGCUAUAAUGCUAAGACUUGCUAAUGCUAUCAGUUAUUUACAUUCAAAUCAGGUAGUUCAUCGUGAUCUAAAACCAUCAAAUAUAAUGUAUGCAUCGAAGACAGCUGAUCCGGAUUCUAUCAGGAUAAUUGAUUUCGGAUUUGCGAAACAGUUACGUGCUGAAAAUGGUUUACUGAUGACACCAUGUUAUACAGCACAAUUUGUUGCACCGGAAAUUUUAAGAAAGCAAGGAUAUGAUAUGAAUUGUGAUGUUUGGUCACUUGGAGUAUUACUUUUUACUAUGCUUAGUGGUGAAACACCAUUUGCAACAAGUGAAAAUGACUCACCACAAAAAAUUCUGAAACGUGUCGGUGAAGGGAAAUAUUCAUUGAAUGGUCAAGCAUGGAUAAAUAUUUCAGAACAAGCAAAAGAUCUUAUUCGACAGCUUUUACAUGCUGAUCCAUCUAAACGUCUUUCAGCUAAACAAAUUCUUAUUCAUCCAUGGAUUGUACAUUUAAAUUCACUACCAACAAUACGUUUAAAUUUUUUCAAUGAUCCAUUCAAAGUAAUGGAUGCAUUAGACAAAACAUAUCGUGCAUUAACGUGUACAACUACGUCAGUUCCGUUACGACCUGUUAUUGAAUCCGCUUUAGCACGUCGUCGACGUUUAAAUCGAAGGAAAAGUAUUACGGAUGAUAAUGAUGAUAUCAUUAAAGUAGCUAAUUCUGUAAUUACCUAA